GAACUAAUGAAAAGUCACUUCAAAAGACUAAAGCUCGCUCCAGUACAGUCCUCACCUUUCCCAUUCUUUGGUAAAGAUUAGAACACAGACGGUUUGGAGAGCAAGCAAAGAGGUUGACAGACCUAUCAUAGUGCUGGCUAGCUAGCUAGUAGUAGCAUACAUCAGUCAAUCGAUCAGAGAGAGGUACCAUGGAGAAAACAGAUGAAGGGUUGAAUGGUGGUAGCGGUGGCAAUUUGCCAGAGGAUGUGUUGGAGUACCUGACCACCUGCAAUGGCGACGAUUCGGAUGACGACAACCAUAGCCAUCAUAGUAGGCACAGUAGUAGAAGACUCGCCGGCAAUGACGCCGCGAACAAGAAGAAGCAGAAGAAGGACAAAGACAAAGACGAAAAGGAAAAAGAGUUGAAACACAAGAAGGAAAAGUGCGGCACAGGUGUCGUGCUGCAGCAGCGACUUCCUGCUCCUCCCUCGUUGGGACGUCAGAGGGAUGUGACGGCCGCAUCCGAGGCGGCGGCUGGAGCAUAUAGUGUACGACCGGAACGGAGGUCGAGCAGUGCGAGCUUUGCUAGCACUGGUGACGACGAUGUUUCAUCAUCCGGCUCGGUUACCACCAAAGAAGAGAGUGAAGAGACACCAACCGAUAGUAGAGGUGAGCUGCCUGCCGUUGUCGCCGAGCUAGUCGAUGAAAACGAGUCUGAAGCUGCUCGACAGGAGAUUGAUCGACUCAAGAGAGAGCUUGAGGAACUCCGACAAGGUCAACAGCAGCAAAGUGCGGAAAUUGUCACGGCAGAACCCAUUCCUGAUGUACAGCCCAUGGCGGCGAGCACGGAAUUCAGCACUACUUCCAGUCAUGGUUUGGACCGGACUUCGUUUCCUCUCUUGGGCUUUCCAGAGGCUGCUGACAAAACGCGUACCCCAGGAAACAAAACACGGAUUGAUACGCACCAAAAGCUGGCAUUGGAUUCCUUGGGACAUCUUUACGGGCGGGAGACACAGGUGGCACUCCUAAGCGGUGCCUUUCACAGCUUCCUGGAGCCGACCCCGACCAAGGACGUGGUGACGGUACGUGGAGAAAGUGGUACGGGCAAGUCGGUUCUCUCCAAAAAAGUAGAAGAGUUCCUGCAGCAGAACGACAAUGACAAUAGAGGCUUGUGUGUCACGGGCAAGUUUGAUGACGUACCGCGAGAUGCUGCCGAACCAUACUCUGCCAUUGCCAAAGCUUGCGAAAUGCUCUGUCAGACGCUACUGAUACGGAUGCGCGAUGAUGCCAAUGACUAUGGCGAUUUGCCUCAUCGUAUGCGGGAGUCACUCAACAAUGAUGACAUCGACCUCUUGCUGGCGCUCAUGCCCAGUCUGCAAACUAUUGUCGGAGGAGGAGGAGACGGCUUUUCAAAUGGCAGCAUCAAUUUCUUGGAAGUGAAGAGCCGUUUCCAACAUGCAUUCAAACAAUUCAUUCGGUUCGUUUGCUCUGUGGCGCCUAUAGUGCUCAUCUUGGAAGAUUUGCAGUGGGUAGAUCAAGGCUCGCUGGACAUUCUUGAAUGCUUGCUCAAGAACGAUGAUCAAGGAGCACAGUCGUCCAUACUGCUGCUCAUGAAUUAUCGAGACGAUGAAGUGGAUGCGGAUCAUCGUUUUGCCAAGUUUUUGGGCAUUCUCAAGGAGCAGCAAGCGGCAGACAGCCAAUUGCAAAUGACGGACAUACGUCUCGAAGGGCUAUCCGAAGAAGACGUGGAGGAUCUGUUGAAACGUCUUCUUGAGGGCAGAGAAGACGAAGGAAACAUGAAGCUUCUGGCUGAAUGUGUUCAUAGCAAGACAGCGGGAAAUCCAUUCUAUUUGAAGCAAUUCCUUGCCUCGCUGGAAACCGAUGGACUCUUGAUGUUCAACUCCGAAUCGGACAGCUGGGUGUUUGACGUGUCUCACAUCCAAAAGGCCACUCAGGCGACGGACAAUGUCCUCACGCUACUGACUAAGAAACUCCGAAAGCUCUCCCCUCUCAUACAAGCUGUUCUUCCUCGAUUGGCUUGCCUUGGGCCUCGUUUCGCUACUACAACGGCUCAUUUGGUCCUGGACCACGUGACGCAGGAGUGCGAUGAACACUCUAACUGCAAUGAGAGCAUAAUCGACGUGCUCUUGACGUGCCAACAAGAGGGCCUCAUUGUUGAUUGUGGCGGCAACACAACGUGGGAGUGGAGCCACGACAAGGUCAAGGAAACCGCAUUUCUGCUCGUCGAAAACAAAGACAAGCUUGAUCACAUCAAGUAUGGUCUAGGCCAAGCCCUCUUAGAAAGAGUCCCCAAGCAAGAGCUUGAAAGCAAUCCACAAGCAUCCUUUGUAAUUGUCAAUUUGUUGAACUCCAGAGCACAUCUGCUGGCAAAGGAUAAUCCAAAGCGAGUGGAAUUUGCAAAGCUGAAUUUGAAUGCGGGCAAGUCUUCGAUGAGGUCGUCGGCAUCCCACGGCGCGGCUCAGUAUCUGAAACACGGUAUCGCACUACUCCCUGCCGAACAGGGAAGGUGGGCACCCACGUAUCUGGAUCUUUCCUUGGCACUGUACGCAACGGCGGCGGAGGCACAAUAUUGCAUUGGUUGCCAUGAGCAAGUGAAGGAACUCUGUGAUGAGGUCUUGGCUCAACCAAGCCUUCCCUUGCUGAAGAAGCGACGAUUGUACAAUGUUCAAAUUCACUCUCUGGCCUCGCAGGCUAAAAUGGCCGAAGCCACAGAUUUGGUAUUGAAAGUGCUCAGCAAGAUUGGAUACAAACCUCCGAAGCUUGGAAGAGGCUUGUUGUCAAUGUCAGGGAUCGUCAGCAUGUCCAUGACGGUGGACAAGACAAUAGGCAAGUUGGAGCGUUUGAAACCCAUGGAAGAUGAGGAGAAGAAGUGGGGAAUCUACUUGCUUGAUCGAUUGGCGUCGUACAGCUACCAGUGUGAUGCUAGUCUCUUCCCGCCCGCUAUCACCAAAGCGCUUGAUUGGACAGUGAAGCAUGGCAGAGCCGAAACGACAUCACCUCUUCUCGCAACCAUUGCCCUGAUUUUGGCAGGGUCCUUCAGUGAUUUCGCUGGUGCCAAGAAGUAUGCUGAUCUUGCCAUCAAGUACAUGACACCCAGUGUUAAGGCUCAAACUUAUUUCAUGUGCUAUCAGUUUGUUUAUCAUUAUCAAACGCCCAAUCACGUUUGUAUUCGACGUCUAAACGAAGCUUUGGAAACCGGCAUCAAGUCUGGCAAUUUGGAGUCAGCUUUCUAUGCCGGAUAUUGUGCUCUGGAGGCACAAUUCCAUACAGGAAGGAACUUACAACUGCUCUUGGAAGACUGCAAAGCAUAUGCACACCGGACCGACAGUUACGGUCAAGAGAUGAUAGGUUGGAGCCUGUCGCCUGUUUGGCAACUCGCAGAGAACUUGUCGAGAAUCGAGUCCAACGGGGCCAUCCUCACGGGCAGCACAAUGGACGAGGAGGAAUUCAAGCAACGAACCGAACCGUACGCGCACUUUGGGGUACUACUGAACCGUAUCAAGACUACGGCAGCAUUCUGGUUUGACGAUCACGAGCGGGUUGUGCAGCUUAUGGAGGAAUGUGGCUACCACAAGUUUUCUAUAGAGAAGGCAACUCCGGCAACCAACGGUAUCGGCGUUGUCUACUUUCACUGUGCCCUGUCGUGUCUCUCUCUCGUUCACCAAGACAAGAAGAAACAUCGACCCCACAAGCAGCAAGCGAAGAAAAUCCUCAAGAAGUUGAAGGAGUGGGUGAACAAGGGGAAUCCGAACGUACAGCAUUACGAGUCUUUGUUGGAAGCCGAGCUUGCCUCUUGCAGCAGUAGGCAGCCACUCAUUGUAGCUUCGAAGCACUAUGAUUGCGCCAUCAUGCUAGCGGGACGUCUUGGCUUAGCCAACGACUACGGUCUAGCACAGGAACGAUUCGGUGAUCAUUUUCUCAGGCAUGGUGACCAAGAUGGUGCCAGGCAUCAUUACAGUUUGGCCUUAGAAUCGUACGAGAAAUGGGGCGCAACAUCAAGGUUGAAUUUGUUGCAAGCAAGGACGGAGCUUGCAAGGGGGUAGAUCCAUCCGUUGCCGCGACAUCUUCGGGUCGUUUCGCUUGUCCUUGCAUCGCUUUCGUAGAAGGCAGAGAUAAAUCACAAUAGCCGUACAUUGUACAAUAGAAAUUAAACAACUUGAACACUGAAACUUUUACUGGCUAGUUAACAAAGCGAAACAUCC